GUAUCUCAGCUGAACUCUUGACUGAGAUCGCACCAUGAUUAUUUACUAUAAACUGACAUUACUGACACUGGUACUGAGCUUUCAUCAACAAGGCCAUGCGAUCAUUGGAGGUCACGAGGCUGUGCCUCACAGUAGACCUUACAUGGUGCUUUUGCAGCUCCACAAGUCAAAUGGUCAUAGAACCUACUGUGAUGGCUUCCUUCUCAAUGAGGAUUUUGUGAUAACCGCUGCACACUGCCAAGCCGAGUCCUACAAAGUUUUUCUGGGACUUCAUAAUUAUCUUGAUCAGAAUGGUGUACAGCACGUUAAUGUGCCUGGGAGAAAUGCAUUUCUAAUGAAAGGCUACGAUCCAGUUGAUUAUAGAAAUGAUAUGAUGCUGCUUAAGUUGAGCACCAAGGCAGAGUUGAACGACAAAGUGAAACCCAUCGCUCUCGCGGACUGUGAUGAUGGAUCUCUGCCAAAAGCAUGUGUCAUUUCUGGUUGGGGAACAACAGAAAACGGUAAACUAUCUGACCAACUCCUGGAAGUAAAUGUGACCCUGACUGACAAUGAGCUGUGUGUUAACACAAACAAGUACUGCUCUGAGGGUAAGAGAAGACCUGGUCUGGGAGACGGUGGUGGUCCGUUAGUCUGUGAAGAUGGAAAGGCAUAUGGGGUGAUAUCUGCCAGCGGAUCAAACCCAGAUGGCUCAACAAUUCAGAGUUAUACUAAGAUACCUGACCACAGAGACUCCAUCAAAGAACAUAAGGGAAAGUUACAUUCUCCAACAACCGAUAGAGUAACCAUCAUUCCUGUUUCUAAGGAACAUCAUAUUUGUGUUAGAGAUGCUGAUUAGUCUAAUAGCACAUGGUAAUUGACAGGAAUUAAAUCAGCUGUUGUGAUAAACAGAACAUUUGAUAGUCUGUCAGAUAUGUGAUUUUGGAAUUAUAGGGAAUAUUUUUGAUUUUUGGCUGGAGAACAUUACAGAGGCUUUGGUUUCAAGCAUUUUUUGUCAUUGUUUAUUAAGUUAAACACAAAACAAAAAGUCAACUGAUCAGGAAACUAACUGUCAACAAAGAAAAUAAUAAU